AUGUUAGACAAUGAGGAGUUUGAAGAAGAAAGACAGUUUGUGGAAGACUUCGAAUCAGAUUAUGAUGAGAUACGAUUAGAUGUCGAAGAUCCUUAUAGUUUAACUAAGGAUGAUAAAGAAAGGAUUCGAAAACCCUGGAGAAGAACCCUAAUGUUAUGGUCAUUAAAAGGAGAGUUUCAAGCUAUGGAUUUAGACAAUGGAUAUUACUGUUUCAAGUACUCAAAUAAGUCAGACUAUGAUUAUGUCUUGUCCGAAGGGACCUGGAUCAUUGUAGAUCAUUACCUUACUAUUAGACGAUGGAUACCAGGCUUCAGAUAUGAUGAAGCUUUCAUAGACUCAGUGGCUGCUUGGAUCAGGUUACUAAGAUUGCCUUUGGAGUUUUAUGAUGAGGAUGUGCUGUCACGAAUUGCCAACAAACUGGGGAGAACUUUGAAAGUUGAUCGAACAACUUUUUAUGCUAUAAAGGGAAAGUUUGAAAGAUUGUGUGUGGAACUCGAUCUCACAAAACCUUUAGUGGUAAAGAUUUAUAUAAAAGGACAUUGGCAGAAGAUAGAGUGUGAAGGAUUGUGA